UGGCUGUGUAAUAUCAGAACAUUUGAUUCUGAGGUGUUUAGUACAAGGAAUUUGCCAAGAUAAAUAGCAGCAUUGCCCAGAAAAUAUGCCACAUAGUGCUUUCAAUUUGGCAUGAAUGUUUCAGUUAUCCAUACUUACAUGUAAUCCAAUGCUUUGGUAGGGGAUAUUUUAUGCAUGACAUGACAUAUGUAAACAUAUAUUUAUUAUGAUCGACUUCGAUCCCUAUGGUAUAGAAACAGUGACAUUUGAAAGUGUUUAUCAGCUAGGUGAGACGCUUGGGAUUUGAUAGGAAUUCACCUUUCUGCUCACACUACUCCUGAAUACCAGUCAACCUUUCCUCCCGCCAUCUGGUUUUAGACCCUUCAAACUUAGCACUCCUAAAAGGGGCUCCUUGGCCUCUGGGUAGCAUGUCAAAGGCCAGGUUAGCYUUGAAACGCGCCGUGUUCCAGUUAGCGUCUCGCCCAUGUAUUUUUAGCUCCGGGUGAUGUAUUUUGGAUGUUUAUAUAUGUGUUACUGACCCACUAAUCCAGGCAUGCCAGGAGAGAAGAGACUAUUUCAGAAGGGUGAGUUAACUUGUGUAUGUGUGGGAAACUCGUGCAGGUUUGGAGUGUGAGACUUUGAAUAGGCCACCUGGCUCCUUGGCUGCUGGCGGUCAGAGACAGAGCCUGAAUAUCGAGCUCUCUGGGCCUGAGAUGGGCCAGUAAAACACCCAGGCGCUUUCAGAGGCCCUGAUGGGAUUCCUGCAGGACCUGCCAUCCCCCGUCAUCCCAAAGUCUAUCUAUCCCAGCCUGAAGACUACCCUGCAAGAGGAAGAAGAGUUGUCCGUCGAGGAGACAGGCAGGCGUUUGCUGAAGGCGCUGGAGCCCCCGGCUGUGCCUCUGCCGGGCCUGCUUACCCUGCAUUACCUGCUCAGACACCUGGACCGAGUGGGCCAGAGCUCGGCCCGCAACAGCCUGGACCUCCACACCCUCGCAUUCCUCUUCAGCCCUCUUCUGCUCACCGCUGGGUCAGAAGAAGGUCAUCAGGUUUCUGCCCAGGUUCAGGUGCUGGAGAGGCUGCUGGUGGCGAGGGCCUGAGAGCUGGACCAGAUGUCAUCAGCCCUAUCUUCCAAGCCUUCCAAAACCAAAGCCAUGGCAGCUUCUGUCAUCAAUGGGGAUGGCAGCAAGAUGUCUGAUGUAGAGUGGUACUGGGGAGACAUUUCCAGAGAUGAGGUGAAUGACAAGAUGAGAGACACACCAGAUGGCACUUUCUUGGUCCGAGAUGCCUCAAGCAAGGUGAAAGGAGAAUAUACAUUGACUCUCAGGAAAGGAGGAAACAACCAGCUGAUCAAGAUCUUCCACCAKGGAGGCAAGUAUGGCUUCUCUGAGCCGCUGACCUUUGCUUCUGUGGUGGAACUCAUCCUGUAUUAUCACCACGAAUCGCUGGCCCAGUACAACCCCAAGCUGGACUCACGGCUUCUGUACCCAAUCUCCAAAUAUCAGCAGGAUCAGGUGGUGAAAGGGGACAACGUGGAAGCAGUAGGAGAGCAACUGAAGGUGUACCACAAACAGUGCCAGGAGAAGAGCUGGGAAUAUGACGUCUUGUAUGAAGAGUAUACUCGCACCUCUCAGGAGUUACAGAUGAACCGCACGGCCAUCGAGGCCUUCAACGAGACCAUCAAGAUCUCAGAGGACGGGUGCGAGACCCAAGAAUGCWAUAGCAAGGAGAACAUUGACCAGUUCCUCGGGGAGGGAAACAGCAAAGAUACUGAGAGAAUCCAAAGUAAUUGGGAUAAGCUGAAGUCGCGGGUGACUGAGAUCCAUGACAGGAAGAGGAAGCUAGGGCAGGACCUGAAGGAGCAUGCGACAGACAAACAAGAGAUCGAUAAGAAGAUGAGUAGCCUGAAAACGGACCUCGUGCAGCUGAAAAAGAUUCGAGACCAGUACCUGGUGUGGCUGAAUCAGAAGGGCACCAGACAGAAGAAGAUUAACGAGUGGCUGGGUCAAAACGACAUGGAAGACCUGUAUUCUCUGGUGGAUGAGGAGGAAGACCUGCCGCACCUCGACGAGCGCACUUGGUACGUGGGCGACAUCAAGCGCAGCCAAGCCGAGGAGCUGCAGGGAAAGGGUGACGGCACUUUCCUGAUCCGAGACAGCCAGUCCCAGAAGGGCUCCUAUGCCUGCUCUGUAGUUGUGGACGGGGACAUCAAGCACUGUGUGAUAUUCAAGACCUCCACGGGCUACGGCUUCGCCAAGCCCUACAACCUGUACAGCUCCCUGAGAGAGCUGGUGCUUCACUAUAGACACACCUCCCUGGUCCAACACAAUGACUUGCUGAAUGUAACUCUGGCAUGUCCUGUCCUAACCCAGCAGCAACCCAAAAGAGAAGCAAGAUAACCCGGACAGGGCCUGCCACACACAGAGGAAACAAACAGAACUCAUAAAGACCACAAACCCUCACUUUUCCCAUACAAGAAAACAAAAAGCAAACAGCUUUCUGCACGUUGGGUUUGAGAGGAGGGGAAGAGCGGAGUGGAUUUUGACAUGGAAGAGCACAUUCACAUGUUCUAUUUUUGUUAAGUCUCUACAACACUACACAGUUUUUGGAGAAACAUUUUUAAAUCUCUGAAAGUAAUUGCUGUAGAUUCUUUUGAAAUCGACUUUGAAAUGUAUUUCUUUAUUUUUCUGUUACUUUUUUCUACAGUUAAAGAGGGGCUUUUUGCGAGAGGGUUUGAUAUUCAAGACAUGGAGAACAAAAAGACCAAGCAGCGCUUUUCUGUUUACAUUAAGCCUUGCUCACAUUGUCCACUGUGGUAAAAUGCUUAAAGGGAUUCUCCAGUACUUUUGACUACUUUUUAGCCAGUAGUUCUGAAAGAACCGCUCACGAGCCAAAAUUGCGUACUACGUCCAUAUGUGCACCACGUCAUUCCUUUCUGUCUCGCUCAUUUGCAACUUGCUAGCUGUUACUGACAUGGCGAGGGGCUGAAGCUCAUUGGUUGAACGCGAAUUACUAGGGUUGGCACAGGUGGGGGAAGAUUUUGGGGAAAAUGGCGCAGCAAAGCUUCCAGAAAAACAGUUGCUUUCAAACUAGGGAUUUUGUGGCUAAUUGAGGUAAAACAGUAAUUAUUAAC